AUGUGUCACGAGCACGAAAUUUCUGAUACUAUUUCUCAUCGGGACACCCUUCCUCCCCCAUCAGUCCUGCGACAUGUCGUCGAUGUACAUUGUCAUCCCACCGACUCAGAGAUUCCAGUAAAGUCAAUGGACAAUUUGCCCAUCAUUAUCGGUGCCAUGUCCACUUUUCAGGCGGACCAAGGAUUAGUGCGAGACUUGGCUACUGCAUUCCCAGACAAAGUUGUGCCUUCCUUUGGUUACCAUCCGUGGUUCACGCAUUGGAUCGCAUUGGCACCGUAUGAAUCAAAGGAAAAUCAUUAUAGGCGCAUAUUCAAGGAUGCAGACGAACACCUCGAGGCCUUUCAAAAGUUGCUGGUUCAUCUACCUGAACCAGUAACCCUACGAACCGUUCUGGAAGACGUUCGUCAGAAUUUAAUGGCUUUUCCAAGCGCAAUGCUCGGAGAAGUUGGCAUUGACAGAGCUUUUCGCGUGCCUUACGACUACUUCUCGUCGCCUGGAGAAUUGACGCCUUUCACCGUGCCCUUUGAGCAUCAAUUAGCUAUCCUUGAAGCACAGCUUGAUCUAGCAGCAAAGCUAGGUCGAAACAUCAGCAUGCACAGCGUUAAAUCGCAAAUGGCUACUGUGGAACUCUUGGACCGCAUGGCUGAUAAGCAUGGCGAGCACUGGAUGAAAAUAAGCAUUGAUAUUCACAGCUGCGGCUUUAGCCCGCAAACGUGGCUGUCCAUUGAGAAACGUCAUCCAAAUGUAUUUUUGUCUCUCUCAACGGUUAUCAAUAGUCGGUCUCCAAAUCACCGAGCACUGAUUGCUGCAUGUUCUUCACGUCGUAUCCUCGUUGAAUCAGACUGCCACAAGAUCGAAGACUGUACGCAACGCACUUGGGACAUGGUGCUUAUAGUUGCUGAAGUGAAAGGAUGGCCAGUUGAGUCAUCCUGGGAAGAGGUCGUAGACGAAAGCCAGCAGGGAGCCGUCCGACAUUUGGAAAACAAUUGGAAGGAAUUUGUGCAAGGAAAUCAUACCGGGCUUAGCAAAAUCAUCAAACGAACGACCAGGGAGCGUUAA